AUGGCCCAAAUCAGCAUCAGCGCCAUCGCCGAACCCGUGUCCAUCGUCCACAUCCCCGUCGACGUCGCGCAGGCGUAUGCGACCCAGCUCUACUGGACCAUCAAUAGGGCCCCGGUCGACUCUGCAGCUUUUUUCAACCUCACCUCAAACAGGAUAGAGAUUGCGGUGUUUGCCGCGGUGGACCUGAUCGAGUCCGAGUGGGGGUCCCCAGAAACAGGCCCCGUCCGCGUUCACUCCAAGUGGCGUGUGUUCCACCUCGGCUCUGGAGAGACAGAGUUACUAGCGUCGUCAAACUAUGACUCUCCGAACAUUCGCCAUGUGUCUGCUCCGCUCGCCGCGGCUGGUAUCUCUAUCCUGUACCAGAGCACCUACACGGGCGACUUUCUGCUAGUCAAGAACAGCGACUUUGACCGCGCGUCGUCGAUCUUUAACCGCUGCGGAUGGCAUGUAUCGGCAGAGACGGCAACGGCGUCCCCAAUACCGCGCCGGCUGUCGUCGCACCGCCUCUCACAGCCAUUGCUCAACCUUUCCCUCGAUGCUCCCGAACACGCAGCCGACUCGCCGUCUCCAGAACAUGAAAUCACCGUCCUGAACGCCGCAUUAGCGUGCGUCGGUCUCAAAGAGAUCGACUCGCGCAUCGCUGAGAAGCUCCGCACGCUAAUGGUGUGGCCGGAGCGAGUGAUCGACGAGAUUGAGACGGAGGGGGUCGAGUACAGCUCCAAACCAUCGCCCCAUCGCCACCGCCCCUUCAUCAGCUAUACGCGGACAGAAGACGACGGCGUGAGCAUCAUCUCCGAGGUGCGCAUUCUCCGUGCGCUCCUGAUCGACAAGGACGACCCGUUUGAUGCGACAGGCUUCCGGUCCGAGCUCGAGUGCGAGACGGACGGCGAGGACGAGCUCGAUGAGGACGUCUUCGUCAGUAGCCCCGUGCGGGCGCCGUUGGCAGUCGAGCCAACGUCACCGAUCCUCGGCUUCUUUCCCUCUACAGCGGGCGCCGUGCCGGACCGCAGCUCGGCUGCGACGCCGACGCGGGCCACGUUCCGCAACUCGCCCACGUCGCCCACGACACCGACAUCUGAAAGUGGCACAACGACACCGCGAUACAAGUUUGACCACCCCGCCCUGAAGGGCUUCACACCUAUGCAGCCGAUGCCGCAGCACACUCGCACGCUCAGCGAGGGCGUGUCGGCGGCCGGCGGCGGCGGGCUCGCCGACGACGCGCGCCGGCGGCGCAACACGGACGCCGUGCUGCCCCGGCCCCCGCCAUCAGACUCGGGCGCGUCCCUCUCGUCCGAGCUCGGCGUGGGCAAGCGCAAGCGCUGCCUCCAGCUCGACCUGCGCGGCGUCGCCGGAGGCUCGGUCCACAUGGGUAGGUGUCUCAUGUCGCUGCACUCAGCCGCUGACCUUUGCGCGGCCUCGAUAGACCGCUCCGGCCUCGUGUUGCAGUUUUCAAACGUCCUCGAGUCGGGCCAGGUGCGCAUGCUGUACAACUCGACGACGCACACGGCCAACAUCCUCGUGCGGGCGCGCGACGUGCACCUCGCCAAGCGGCUGCUGAGCGAGAGCGCCGAGGGGGAGUAG